AUGAAGAAGAAAAAUAAGUUCAAAGUUGGUGAUAAAGUUCGCAUUAGCAAAUAUAAACAUAUAUUCGACAAGGGGUACACUCCUAACUGGAUCACUGGAAUCUUUACUGUCAGUGAAGUGAAAAAUACACACCCAGUAACUUAUAAAUUAACAGAUUAUCAAAAUCAAUCGAUAGAAGGAAGUUUUAAUGAAGAAGAAUUAACUAAAGUGUUAUAUCCUGAUGUAUAUUUAGUUGAAAAAGUACUAAAAAAACGUGGGAAUCGAGCAUAUGUUAAGUGGCUAAGAUUUAGUAAUGAACAUAAUAGUUGGAUAAAUAUAGAUGAUUUAUAA